AUGAGCGGGACAAGCUGCAAAAACAAACAGCCUUCUUCGUUGUGGAUACAAGGAGAUUCCCUUGCUAACGUCCACAUUGCACCACAACAUCGUUCUCUCACCAACGAACUCGUUUUUCAACUCUUGCAACAUCAUUAUUCGGAAUUUAAUGAAUUAUUCGGAUUAUCAUCUUGUUUGUAUCAUCAAGAACAACAAGAAAAUACAACCUCCAAUUCCAAUACUCUGUCUUCACCGAUUCAGUUAAAAUCACCUUCGUCGAGUCACUCUAAUUCUACAUCUAGUAUCAAUAGUUCAAAAAAUCAACCAUCAUCAUUGACAAGUGGCACCACACCGGAAGACCAUGUAAAUUCCAUGAUGCAUCAUCAUCAUCGACGAGAAUUAUCUCGUCAGUCCUCAUUAUCACAGGAAAUCAAUUUUUCGAGUCCAAUAUCAACUACAAACAUGAAAGAUUUUGAUCCAACCACUCACCACAUGAUGAACAACAGUCCUUCCGUUAUAGUCACCACCAAGAAUGCCGAAGAAGAUCGAAUGGCAAUGCCUCCUCCUCCACCAAAAAUCAAACAACCACCCUCUACUCCUACACAGUCAUCAUUUCGAAAUAGUGAAAAUUAUCAUUCAUUAUUUGCCAUGAGAAGUGGUGGUGUCGAGUUGUGCAUCUUGUCGAAUGUGACCAAUGAAAUGAUUUUCAUUGAUCCUCGAUUGGUGAAAUAUUCCACACGAUUACAACAAAAUGAUCUCAUUGUUUCGAGUGCUUUGGAUAAAUCCAUGAUCAAUACUCAAUCAACAACUGAAUCUCCUUCGAUUAUUGUGUCACCACGAUUGAGAAUGCAACAUCAUCGAUGGUCCACAUACUAUAAUCAUCCUGUGCAUCAAGAAGAUAAACCAUUAUUGGAACAACAAUUGUCUAUUCGUAAAGAACAAAGCUUUUCGUCAAGUACUUCUUCGAUUGACACAUCAAGUGUGACACCGUCACUUGUCAAUCCUGCUUCUCAUGACGAGAUAGAUGCCAUGUCACAAGGAAAACCUUCUGACACGACCAUUUCAGCCAUUGAAAACUCUUCAUUCCUUUCGACUGGGAAAAUUUACAAACAUCAUCAUACCAUUAGUAGUUUGAAUAAGAAGGAAUUUCAACAAUUUCUUCCAAGAGUUAGUCUCCCAAACUAUGGAGAUAUUUCUAGUGUUUUUAAUUUAAAUGCCGAAGUUAUUCAGGAAAUUGGAAUGAUGGAUAGUACACUUUCACACCAUCAACUCGUGGACAUGUUGAGUCAUAAUCAUUCUGGAAAUUUUUCAAAAUCAUCAAAAUUAAGCAAAUCAUUCACAUUUGGAUCCGAAAAGAAUAAUUCUAAUGUUUCUAUUGGAACGACAAUGACCUUCUCAUCCAUCCGAGUACCACGUCAAUCUCCUCGAAAUUCCACACGAAGAUCUACGAGAAAUAGUUUUUCUUUUUUCGGAAAACAAUACAUUAAGGGAGAACAAUACAAAUUGAAAAAUAGUUCAACUUCGAUCGAUAUUUCAAGUUUGGCCAAUGAAAAACUUGGAAGAGAAUCUGUUUCGAGCGAAGUUGAGGCUUUUACUAACCCAACAAGUGCACUCGAAGGAAGACGAUACACAGAAACGGAUUGUCAUCCAACAUCAUCUUUGGACAUUAUUGAUCUCAAACCAGUUCCAUUUUCCACACAAAGACGAGCUACCACAGUCGAAACAACGACAGUGAAUGCUUCUUCCUCUCCUCCCAUUGUCAUUUCCAAACCAACUUCUCAUUCCACUACUUCUGUAAAUAGCUCUAGUUCAAUACCAAAUUCUGGAAUUUCUCCAACUUCUCCAUUAGAUAUUCACACAAGUAAUUCCACUUUGAAAACUCCAGAAAAGAAGAAGACACCUUCCACCAUGUCAUCUAAGGUUAAAGAAUUUUUCUCGUCCAUUGGUCGACGUAAAAAGAAAGCUACUUCUUCAAUGGAUAUGAAUUCGAAUGUCACCAAUAAUGAAAAUUCAUCGUCACCUCCUCGCCACUCACCACAACUCCCUCCUCAAUUCAAAACCAACCAUUCGGAUACGAUCACAAUUUCUCCUCUGUCUUCAUCCCCAAUUUCUCCUGUGAAAUCUCUUCCUAUGGCUGAUAUUGUCGUGCAUCGAGCAAGUUGUUCCAGUACUUGUUCCAAUGCUGAUGAACAUUCUGAAGCGAAUGGUAGUCAACAUGGAAAUAAUUCAACAACGACCACUACGACUUCAUUGUCAUCCUCUCCUCCUCCUCCUCCAACGGUUUCAGAGCAACAGCUGCACAAAACGAUUCAAGUAAUAGAGACACCACCACCACCCAAAAACAACAACAACCAACUUCAAUGA